AGCAAUGGCUCGAAGUGCCUUCACUUAUCAAGAUAAUCAAAACAUAACACAUAUUCAAAUGUCAACUACUAUUCAAAAUAUCGAUCAAGUAUCUAUUGCAAAGCAAUGUCUCUCUGAGACUACAGAUGCUAAGUCCUCUAUUCCAACCUGGCAAGAUAUUGAAAAAGCUAUAGUUAAUAUAGUAAAAGCAGGUGUCUAUUAUAAAAAAGAAAAGGAUGGCAAGUUUAUGCAAAAUUAUAAAAAGCGAUAUACUGAAUUACAUCAAGCUGAAGAUCCAGAUAUUUAUAUCUUGAACAAUGCAAAGAGAAUAUACCCUAAUGAGGAUAAAUAUAUAUCAAUGAAAAGUCAAUAUCAGGAAUGGUAUAAAAAUGAACCAAAAAUUCUUCAAGCUGUAUCAAAACUUAGUGAUUUAUAUUAUCAAUUAGCCAAAAACCACUUUGCUACUAAUGAAGAAAUCGAAGAAGAAGCAGGUGAUUUCCUUAACUCUUGA